AUGUCGUCAAAUCUUACAAGUGAUAUUAACAAGAAUGAUUCAUGGACUCAAAUUUUCGAUCGUUUUAAUCAAAACAUACGUGCUGAAGCUGAUACAUUGCUCAAGCAUAUUUCCGAUAGUCGAACAAAUCUGAUAAAUGAGCGUGAUAGUUUACAAAGCGAAAUCGAGCUAUUAAAAAAAGAAAAAGAUGAAAUGACUCGAUUACUCAAGAAAUAUGAUCAAAUAGUAACACUUAAUGUAGGUGGUCAAUUAUUCUCAACUACGAUUGAAACUCUCACCAAAGAAAAAUGUCUAUUCACAAAAAUGUUUAGUGGACAAUAUGAUCUUCGAGAACAUCAAGGUGCAACAUUUAUUGAUCGUGAUCCAACACAUUUUAGGACCUUACUCAAUUAUUUACGAACUAAUACAUUUAUUAAACCCAAAUCGAGUGAAGACUAUAAUGAACUUUGUUUAGAAGCAGAAUACUAUCAGAUUACAACAUUAAUCAAUCAAUUGAGAACUGAAACAGUUGUGAUUAAGAAUUCAGUAGAAAAGCUUUUGUUUGAUUCAUAUUUGCACCAUCCAAAUGUAGUUAUCUCGGAGGCUGGGCUCUCGGCUAGGUGCAUCACGCGAUGCAACAAAUUUAUGUAUGCUAAAGUAAACAAUAUCAUAUGGCAAAAUGGACAGCACUAUUGGGAAAUUAUUUUAGAGGAACAAGCUGGCUGCUACGCAUCAAUGGGUGUCGCUACUUCUUUGUGGGAAACAAACAAACGUUUGGGUGAUGAUUCUUUCAGUUGGACUCUGAGACUAUGCGAUCAGCAGACUUACGAUGAACAUGCUGGUUUGAGGCAUGAUAGUAGAUCGUUACCUUAUCACAAUCUAUUUCCUAAAGGUACGCGUGUUGGUGCAUUAUUGGAUUUGAAUCAAGGUACUCUAGAAUUUGUUGUAGAUGGAGUAAAAAAAGGUAAAAGAAAUUUACUCUAUGAACAUUCAAUUCAUCAUUUUUUUCUUCGUCUCAACUAG